AUGGCUGUUUGUUAUUUGCGGUGUGGCGGGGUCAGACUAAAUAUAAUCAGCGCGUACCAUAACUUUAGGAACCGAACUCCGCUGGAGCCCGGUGCGUCUGUGCGCCUCCUUCAUCAGACCAAAUUUCCUGACACCCCAGUGGAAGUCCUUGUGGAUGUCCUUACAAAAGCCAAGGAGAUAGCUGCUGCAAGUAGUAAUGUUCCAGAAGAGUUGAUGAGUCACUUGCAGAAGGCUGUGGACAUAGCCAGUGGCCUGGAUGACUACCUGGAGAAAAUGACCACACAGGAAAGUGAACCUCUGGCAGAGCUUUAUGAAAAAACAAUUUCCCAUGACUGGGACCAAGUGCACAAGAAGGGUGAAACCAUGUUCCGGCUGCCCAAGGAGUGCAUCACUGGACAUGUAGAAGGCCAGACCCUAAAGAUGCUGAUCCACAUGAGUCAAGCUAAGAGGGUGCUAGAGAUCGGGAUGUUCACCGGCUAUGGUGCGCUGUCUAUGGCUGAAGGGCUUCCUGUGGAUGGAUGCUUAAUUGCCUGCGAGUUAGAGCCGUACCUCAAAGACUUUGCCCAGCCAAUUUUUGCAAAGUCUCCACAUGGCAAGAAGAUUAUUGUCAAGACUGGAUCCGCCAUGGAGACCCUUAAGGAAUUGGCUGCUGCAGGUGAACAGUUCGACAUGGUCUUCAUUGAUGCUGACAAGACCAAUUACAUCAACUACUACAACUUCAUUCUGGACAACAAUCUGCUGAGAUUGCGAGGGGUCAUAUGUGUAGAUAACUCACUGUUCAAAGCCAAGGUUUAUCUUAAAGACACCACUGAUAACAACGGACUGGCACUUAGACAAUUCAAUCAGUUUGUCUCCAACGAUCCACGCGUGGAGCAGAUUAUUAUCCCUCUUAGAGAUGGCAUCAGUGUUAUCCGCAGGGUAUCUCUGGCCUCCGAGUGCUCACUGACACAGAGUAAAAUAACAGAUGAUGAAGUUUUCCGUGGGGUCAGUGGGCGCCCCAUCCUGGAUCGGAUGCGUCUUGAUGGAAAGGUGGCCUAUGUGACAGGUGCUGGGCAGGGCAUAGGGCGAGCAUUUGCUCAUGCCCUGGGUGAGGCUGGUGCAAAGGUGGCCGUGGUAGACCUGGACCAGGAUAAAGCGGAGGUGGUGGCUAAGGAACUCUUUCUCAAAGGUAUCAAUGCCAUACCGAUCACAGCUGACAUAAGCAAAUCAGAGGAUGUCCAGAGGAUGAUUGACAUCAUUGUCUCCAAAUGGGGGGCGAUCCACAUUGCCUGUAACAAUGCCGGCAUCAAUAUGAACUCAGCCAGUGAAGACACCAGUCUAGAAGAGUGGGACCAAACCUUUAACGUCAACCUAAGGGGGACUUUCGUCUGCUGUCAGGCGGCAGGUCGAGUGAUGUUGAAGCAAGGAUACGGCAAGAUUAUCAACACAGCCUCCAUGGCCAGUCUAAUAGUCCCCCAUCCUCAGAAGCAACUCUCCUACAACACGUCCAAGGCCGGAGUGGUCAAACUGACUCAGACUCUGGGCACUGAAUGGAUUGACAGAGGAGUGCAUGUAAACUGCAUCUCACCGGGGAUUGUUGACACCCCUCUCAUCCACUCGGAGAGUCUGAGGCCUCUGGUGCAGCGCUGGCUGUCAGAUAUCCCUGCUGGUAGACUGGCUAAAGUGACAGACCUGCAAGCUGCAGUGGUCUACUUGGCAUCUGACGCCUCCGACUACAUGACAGGGCAUAACUUAGUCAUAGAGGGUGGGCAAAGUCUGUGGUAGAGGGGGUAGAUGAAGAGAUGAAAACUUUUUUUUUUCCUCUUUUCCUCCUCUACUCUCCUGGGAUUAGUCUGCAAAAUUGGUGGCAUUCACAUUAUCUCCUUUUGACACAUUCACAGCAGUGUUAGUUUAAAUCUUAGUGGAUGUUUAACUUUUGGUCAGUUAACAUCUGUUAUGUGGUGUGAUGAGAUGACUGUGUCCUGUAUAGGUUCAGUUGGCUGUUGUGUGUUAUGAGUUUGGCACACUAAAAUCUUUAGUAGAUGAAAAAUACCGUAUCACAAUAAAUACUAAAAAGAGGUAUAUAGCAGAUGCUAGUCUUCUUGUCAUACAAUGGACAUUCGCUAACAUGUCUGAAAAAAUAUCUGUGAUGUCCAAGAAUGUAAAAGAAAACUGUUGCUACUGUAUGCCUUCUUACAUCAUCAUCGUCAUCAUUUUGUCACAGUUUCAGCUAUAUGUUGUCUUGAUGUUCAUACGUACAUUGAAUGCUGUUUAAACAAUCAUUUUGAUAAAUGACUGUAGAAGAAACUGAUCUUUUUUUUAUUGUAUGUGUUGCAAAAAGGCAGAGCAUACUUGAAAAGUUGUGUUUAUUUUAUAGUACUGUUUCAUACAAAUGCAGUUCAAGGUGCUUUACAGGAUAAUAAAAGGAAUGAUGAUGAUGAACAAA